GGCUGCCGUCUCCGGCCGGCAGCGGGAGGGAGCCGCGGCAGCCAUUCGCCGAGGGACGCUGACAGCCCGGCAGCAUGAAAUUCCAGUACAAGGAAGACCACCCGUUCGAGUACAGGAAAAAAGAAGGGGAGAAAAUCAGGAAGAAAUAUCCCGACAGAGUCCCUGUAAUUGUGGAAAAAGCACCAAAAGCCAGAGUACCUGACCUAGACAAAAGGAAGUAUCUUGUGCCUUCUGACCUCACAGUUGGCCAAUUCUACUUCCUAAUCCGAAAACGGAUCCACCUGAGGCCAGAAGAUGCCCUCUUCUUCUUUGUCAAUAACACCAUCCCUCCCACCAGUGCCACUAUGGGCCAGCUCUAUGAGGACAACCAUGAGGAAGACUAUUUUCUCUACGUGGCCUACAGCGACGAGAGCGUCUACGGCAAGUGAGCAGCAGCCCCUCAGGCAGACAGGGGAGAUGGACUGUUGGAAUGGAUCUGGGGGGGGAAGUGUUGGAGAGGAGGAAGAAGGAUGCCUGAGAAGAGGGGAAGAGAACUGGAAGUGAACCACAUGCACAAUGCCAUCACCUUCCAUGCAUUAAUUGUAACCAUUCUUUUUUCAAUUGAGGGGAGGGGGGGUGGGGGUCAGUGUAUGAAAGGGUGAACUGAAAGGCCAAGGAGGGGUUCAGUGCUGAGGGAUGGGGAGACUCCACUCUUAAGAGUUCUUCUGUUGCCCAGCUGAAAGUAACCCAGUCCUGGAGGCUGCUAGACAAACCAGUAUGGUGGAGCUCCAGGAGAGUUACUGGGCAGGAUGGCCCUUUUUGUGCAACUCUUUCAUUGGCUGAAGAAGGCAUGCCACGUAUUGUACGCUGUCCUUGUCACAUCCUGCCCAUGGCACAGGCUGCACUCCUGUGAGCACUCAGUGAGCUGUGAAAUCCUUCCCUUUGGCUGUCACACGAGGCCCUCCUCUGCCGACGGUCCUCGCUCCCAGCUGCUACCUGCGAAGCGUUCCCAGAGUUUUGUGUUUCCCAUCACUUCCAUCAGUAUUAGAAGGGCUAACUCAGAGGGCUGGGAACUCCUCAGCUGUGAGAUGUGAAGGUUGGAGAAAAGAAGGAAGUAUUUAUUUUGUUUUCCUUGUUGCUUUAAUUGCAAGUGCUGGACGGAAAAAUCCCGAGACGACCCCUUAGUUCUUUUGAGUGGAGCCAAGUGCAAAGGGCUUGAGGGCCUCAAGAGAGUGACUGCCCACUGCAGCUUUCAGGCAGGACUCAGUAUACAAAACAUGUCCACCGUGGCUGCUCAGCAAACUUCUUGUUAGUGAGCUUCACCCAGGCAGAUCCUGGAGGCUGCUGAGAUUGUCUGGUUGGUUCCUAGCUAGCCUACAAGUGAGAGCGCAAUUCUGGCUACCUAACUUUAGUCUCCCUUGCUGUGCAAUAAGGCAGCUAACUACUAAUGGUCUUGUUAUUGGAGAACCCAGAAAAUGACCUGGCAGUGUUGUCCUUGUACCAGUCUCCUGCACAUUUGGAUGUGGCAGAAGUCCUGUGGGUUUGGCCCUCCCUUCCACACCUCCUCCUUGUACAGCCUUUGCACCACGUGCACGAGUGGAAGGAAUCGGUUGCUCCUCUGUGUGUACAGCAGUGCAGCUCUUGGCCACAAGAGAGCUGCUUCUAGACUGGAAUGGGAAGGGCAAUAGAUACUCUGUAGACUUGGAAAAUGAUAGCAUUUAAAGCCAUUGUUGUUUGUAGAUGCCAGAUAGAUGCUGUCCUGUGCAGGCCUUACGCUGUCAUGCCAAAGCAGUUUCUUCCCAGUGACACAAAAAGCAGAUUUCCCCCUAACUGGUACAACUCUGGUGAAAGGAAGGACUUUGGGAAGUGAGCUGACUUUCAGGAGAAUUCAGGGGUUUUAAUCUACAAAUCAGAGAACUGGACCUGAAUUACUGUAAACAUUCCUACCUUUAAGAGAGGGACCAAAGGGAGGAAAAGACAAGAAGGCUGGAAGAAGACAGACGGAUUCCAACAUAACUUGGAAGGUGUUUGCUCUAUUUACAUGAAGUUAGAACCCAGUUCUCUGCAUUCCCCAGGAAGGAGAAAGUAAGAUGAGUGUUCCUCUCACUAGGGAAGGCAGGAAAUCAGGUUUCAGCCUUCUCUGACAGUUGUUCCACAGAGGUACCUGGGGCAAAAGAGCAGGCUAGGAGUGUGAAGUGGGGGCCAUGAGCAGAGCUGUGUGAAGGUCAGGAAAGGCAGUGUAGUAGGGCAGAAGGGGCACUGCCUACAGGGUAGGGGAAGUGGCAGAAGAGUGGAAGAGAAGGGAAGGGCCCACAAAUGAUGUAGACAGAGUGGUUGUAACAGGCAGAUGGAAAGUGGGGGGAGAAAAAGAUGAAGUGUGUGGGUUAGUAAGCCCAGAUUUUUCAGCCUGGCCUUCAGGUUUGCUCUCCCAUCAUGUUUUCAUCUGGAAUAAAUGUGUUAGGGUGAGUUGUAUCUACUGCCAACUCAGAUCACCUCAGCUUCUAACUGCAGUGCUCAGUCCUCUCUUUUGGUCCACUCUGCUCCAGUUACCAGGCUCUUUUUGCAUCCUCUGGCUGCAAAGCUGCAUCAGUCUCUUGACUGAGGAAACUCUGAAUGUUCUGAAGCAGAGUACAAACCCAGAAGACUUUCUAGUGUAGAACAGAAGCCAUGGGCAGGUGGUGUGCACCUCCCUGCUGCUGUCCCACUUGCUCACUUGUGUGCUGCCAAGACUUGGCUUUGUGGCGUCUCGAAUGAGCCUGUGCUGAGGCACACUCAGGGGAGGAGGU